AUCGUUAACCAACUUGAUAACCGUAAUAGCGUCUGAAUUUCUUUCAGUUGGGAAAUUCUGCAAAAAUCAAAAGAAAGAGCGAGGACUGUUUUCGUUUUCGUUUUGAAAGCGCCACGAUAACGUCUCGUCGCGGAUAUUUUGGUACCAAGCGGCGCUCUGUACAGGAGUCGUUGAAAUUUUUAUAGGAGAAAGGCUAAGAGAGGAGAGCAGAGGAGGGUUGAAAAUAACACGCGCACGCAUAUAUAUAUACGCGAGUACCUACUCUAUGUACAGUGUACAGUAUACGCUAAACAAAUUGACGACAUAAAGUAUGUAAUACGGCCGUCGUCGGGUAUAUUUUUAUACGUAUUCGUAAAUGUACUAUAGUAUGUGUUUUUACGUAAUCGAUUGUACAUACUCAUAGUUAGUUGUAUAGUUCGAGCUUUAUGCGUAUGUUUUGUUUGAGUGAGAGUAAAUUAGUCGACGUACGUAAUAAUUGCCAAUGAUUCUGGGAGAAGGAAAAAUACACAGGUUUACGACAGCAAUGAGCAGUGGCAACGGCGUAUCAAUGAGACAAAAUUACUGAUAAGGAUGACAACGGCUGCGGCAGCAACCGCAUCCGCAUCUCCGGCACAAAGUUCGCGUUUUAGUUUCGAGUUCGUAAUGCUCUAAUAUACGAGUGUAUGUGUAAUGCUGAGUCGUGAUAAACCGGUGUUCUCUGUGCGCGCUUCAAACUUAUAGUUGAGAGUGAUCCGAUUUGGUAAAUUGGAUCGAAAUAUUCAUUCAUUGCGAUGAAGCGCACCGAAGCUGCCGUUGGUGUCCAAAGGCGGCCGCGUAAAAUGAAUCCGGAAAUGGCUAUGGUGAUGAAGCGUAACGAAGAAAGGGAGGCUUUACGCAGCGUCAUACAGCAGUGGAAUGCCAAUCGAUUGGAUCUCUUCGAAUUAUCCGAACCGAACGAGAAUUUGGAAUUUCAUGGUGUCAUGAGAUUCUACUUUCAAGACUCGGGUCAGAAAGUAGCCACGAAAUGUAUUCGAGUCGCUUCGGAUGCCACAGCUCAGGAUGUCGUCGAAACGCUGAUAGAAAAGUUUCGACCCGAUAUGCGAAUGUUGUCGUUACCAGAAUAUGCUCUGUUCGAAAUCCAUGAAAAUGGAGAAGAGAGAAAAUUAGCCAUGGAUGAGAAACCAUUAUUAGUGCAAUUGAAUUGGCAUAAGGAUGACAGAGAAGGAAGAUUUUUAUUACGUAGAUUGGAUGACAAAACCAAUGUGGCCGCAGCGACUUUCCAACAAGACGGUUCUAGUUUUCGCCGAAAAUUAUCUAAACGCGAAAAGAAACAGUUGAAAAAGCAAGAAAAAUUGAAUCGUAUUCAAAGCCGCGGAACUGCUAACGACGAAAACGACGCCAAAGUCGCGGAAAAAUUAUAUUCAGAGUUACCGGAAACCAGUUUCACUCGAUCGAUAUCGAAUCCCGAAGCGGUGAUGCGUCGUCGUCGACAGCAGAUCUUAGAACGUAAAUUACAACAAUUUCGAAGCAAAGACGGCGGCCCCGAUACCGGCGGAACGUUGAAAAUCUACGGCGAAUCGUUAUGUCGAGACGUACCUUACAAAACGUUGCUAUUAUCGAUACGAGACACCGCUCAGCAAGUGGUUAGAGAAAUGCUGAACAAAUACGGUCUAGAUAAAGAAGAUCCGCAUAAUUAUUGCUUAGUUCAAGUUAACGGAAUGAACGAGUAUUCGAAAGAGAAUAAAGAUUAUCACCCGAAUAACGUAGCCAAUAAUAAUAACAAUAAUCAGGAGUAUAUUCUGGACGAUGACGAAUGCCCGCUCGCCAUAUUAAUGAAUCAUCAGUCUUCGCAAGGUUCGAUUAUGUUCCACGUGAGGAGAAGACCGGCCGAUUACCAUCCUCGGAAAAGAAAGAAAAAACCGCAGCAUAAAUGGAAUCAGCAUCAGUCCGGCAGUAAUGAAUUGCUCGAGUAUCGCUAUGAAGACGGAUUGGAUAGGUUACCAUUAUUCUUAGAACUAAAUUCAGACGGUACUGAAAUAUGUGGCGGUGCUGCCAAACGUCAUAGACUGCAUCCAAAUGUGACGGAGGUCGGUUGCGAGCGAAAUACUUCACCUACGCAAUCGCAAUACCUGCAAUUACUCGGACCAAAUAUUCUACCUAGGCAUUGCGUGAUUGCCAAUACCGAAGGUAUCGUUACAGUCACACCCUGUAGCCGUGAUUCUGAGACUUAUGUAAACGGACAGCGAAUCUACGAAACGACUAUAUUAAGGAACGGAGCUAUCGUUAAAUUCGGCCGAAUUCAUUGUUUUCGUUUUCUCGAUCCGUAUUUCGAAGAAAGACUCAGACAACGCCAUGAUUCGCUACGAAGUAUCCACGAAUACGCUUACGAUAGACAAUCGACUAAAGAAGAAACCUCUAGCCAGACUACCCUAAGCAUGGAUCGCAAAUCACCCCGAAAUGUCUCGCUGCAACAUCAACAUCAACAACUCCACCAACUGCAGCAACAACAAAAUAUAACCGAUCCGCAACUGGCGCAUAAUUUUGAGACGACGUUCGAUGUUGAUGGCAAUAUCGAGACAAGAUCGACGUCUAGUCAAGGCAAUAAAGAGGACUCUAGAUCUCAACGUUCGGUCGGAAGUGGUAGCAAAGAUGGAAAUAGAAUACCAGGAUCGUCGUACCAGCGCUCCGGUACCGAUGCUAUUUUACCAGCGGUAUUAGAAAUCCGCGAAGAGACCGAGGAGGCUUUGCUAAACGAGAUCGUAUCAUCGCUCAAUCCGAACGUACCGAGUUUCAAACUAGCACCAGCGUAUUGCUUGUACUUGAUGGCCAGAUAUCGUGCUUCCACUCAUUACAGGCCGGAGCUUACGCCUACCGAAAGGGCACAUCGAUUGACGUUGAUGCUAGAACGUGUAGCUACGCUUAUUUUGAACAUUAUCCAGGAACCUUACUGCGAUAAGGAGCACUACUGCGAUAUUAAAUCGUUGGCUUUAUGGCUGGCCAAUUCAUCGGAGUUGUUAUUUUUUCUACAAUUCGAUCGGCAUCUGUUUGCUUUCUCGAAAGACGCUCGUCGUAUUCUGAGUGAUUCCGUUCAGAUAUCGUUUCGGCAUUUAGUGAAACGUAUCCAGAAGAGUGAAUUGGCUGCAGUUAUGCCUCAUUUUUUCGCCGAUAAAGACGAUACUAGUCAUGAAUCAGAAGAUUCGCCUACCGUGUUAGGUGUUCUAGCGUCAGCGAUGGCGUUACUGCGCAGAUACCGAGUCAACGUUGCCUUAACCGUACAAUUAUUUAGUCAUUUGUUUCAUUACAUAAACGUAUGGGCUUUCAACACGCUAAUAGCGUCUAAUACUAAUUACUGUUCGCGAUUGUGGGGCCAUAGACUGAAGUCCAGACUGGCUCAGAUUGAGGCCUGGGCUGAAAGACAAGGAUUAGAGAUUUCCACCGAUACACAUCUUGCUAGGAUUGUUCAAGCUGCUCAUCUUUUACAGGCUCCUAAAUACAGCGGAGAAGACUUAGCUUCAUUAAGUUCGACUUGUUUUUUACUGAACUCGUUACAGCUACGUACGCUUUUAAUGAAAUAUCAACCGGCUCAAGAUGAACCUUUAUUGCCUAAAGACUUGAUCGAAAACGUUGUCAGGGUCGCUGAAAGUCUAGCAGACGAACUAGCUCGAUCCGAUGGCCGCGAAGUGAAACUAGAAGAAGACCAAGAACUGAAAUUAGAAUUCGUAUUACCUAUCGAUAGCUACAGUUGCGAAGUGGUUCGAGGCAUUCCUCCUGGAUUGAUCGAAUUUGUCGCCCCACUGCAGAGUAUGGGAUUAUGUAGAUUAUCAACUCAAUCCAGUUCGAAUGGAUUAUGGACUGUUUACAUGGAAUUACCUAGUGCCAAAGGUGCUACGAUGAGGAGUCCGAGCGCCAUGAGUAAUAGAUCGAUGGGAUAUUUGCCAGGACCCCAGGAACCUGAAAUUCACGUCAUCAAAUUACAUAAAUCCAAUAAUGGAAUGGGAUUGAGUAUCGUGGCUGCUAAGGGAGCCGGACAAGAGAAAUUGGGUAUUUAUAUCAAAGCUGUGGUCAAAGGAGGUGCUGCCGAUGCUGAUGGACGACUCCAAGCCGGAGAUCAGCUGAUCAAAGUCGAUGGCCAGAGUUUAGUUGGAAUUACCCAAGAAAGAGCUGCCGAAUAUCUCGUACGAACCGGCCCGAUCGUAACUCUAGAAGUCGCCAAACAAGGUGCCAUAUAUCACGGAUUAGCCACCCUGCUCUCGCAACCAUCUCCGGUCAUGACCAGAGUAGAAAGGCCUCGACCCAGAUCGGAACUAUUCAACGAGCCGUUCCGCGAAAUGCUGCCGUCGAGUUACUCGAUGAUAAACUUACAUCAGAAUAACAGCUACAUGGAGCCGGCUUUCAUUCAUUGGGAUUCUUCAUCGCCGUCGGAGUAUCGGAUGGGGCCGACUUCGACGACUACGACGGCGGCGAUGAUGCCUUCGCCGAUUUCUACAGGUGUGAUAGGCAACGGUACAAGUUGCAAGACGAUUGGUGGUGGUGGUGGUCGUAGUAUUGCUGGUAAUCAGUUGAAUCGAAUGCCUCGUAAUAAAUCCGGUUUCCAACCACGGUUCGGUAAUUUCUUGCUUCCCGAAUACGCUUUGUUAAGGCCCAAAAACGCAUGCCCGGAAGAAGAUCACCAGUAUAGUGGCGACGAAGAGGAUGACGACGACGACAACGCAGCUGCGAACUCAUCGAAACCUCCUCGAGGUGUCUUGACGGCGGAUAAUUACAACGCUAGACGUAACACGACCGCUGGUAUUUGCUCCUCUUAUGCUCCAGGAGCGAUUACCACGUCCUCAGAACCGAACACCAAGUUGUGCCUUUGCGAAGAUGUGCUGCAACAGCAGCAACCGCAUCCGAAAGAUGUGCCGAGACGGUCUCUGGACUGGGGGUAUGCGGAAAAAGGUGUUUUUUUAGAUCGUAGUCGAACUACUGCUGCGGCUCGAAUGAGUCCUAGGAGAAGUUACUCGGAUCCGAAGCCUCCAUCGUCCAGUUUAACUAAACGUAUAGUGAACGAUGUGACGGCGUGUUGCUUGGGUGUUGUGCCGGAAAGUGACGCGAGCACGUGUAACGACGAUGUCGAGCCACCGAGUGGACGUGUCGAUAGAUCUGUGAUGACCGAAGAGUCUUCGUUCCGGAGGAGUUAUUCGGCCGAUGCGACGACAACGGUCAGAUUCAGAAACUCGUGCCCUCUGGUGCCACCGGAGAACGAAUUGUGCGAAUGCGAGAAGAAGAUCCGCAGCGGUACUGAGCCAGCUACUAAGAUCCUGUAUCAGAACGGAACGAAUACAGGGAGCAGUGGCGAAUCGAUGGUGGUUCCUGUUUCGGAGCCGCCUCGAACACUGCCCCUGGAACCGGCUGUGAAGUCUUCCUUGCCGGCGGAAGCGAUCCGCGAUAUUGUGAUGAUGAACGAGCAAUACCAUCAGCAUAAUUUGAAACGGCUGUUGAGUAAUUUCCGCAGUCUAGGCGAUAUCGCUCCUCCUGCCAAAGAUCUGGUCGAUCUGACCCGACGUUCCAGUAGCGAUAUGAGCCUGUACCAAAAAAGCUGCUCGAUGAUCGCCGAAUGCACCAAAUGCGGGAAUAAAUUCGAUAUCAGGGGGAAGUAUUUCAACGGUCCGGCGGUCGAGACGUUGACAACGACGACGACCGGAUCGUCGUCCACGUCCGGAACCAGUUCCAACGAUACGGAUACGUCCAGUGAUAAAGAAUCUGCUCCGGAGAUGUCCGAUAAAGAUCGCAAACUCACCAAAGAAGAACGCGAAAAUAUACUCAAAGAAUUAGAGGAUAUUAUAUCGGGGCAAUUUUUCAACAACGUGGCUGGUUCCAGAGGAGCAGAGAGCAAGAAAACUGGCGCUAGUAGCUUCCCAUCGUCGAUGCUGCAUCUAGAUCUGAAUACAUUGAAGGAUAGUGAUACCUCAGCCAGCGAAGGAAGUCUGCACAGAUCGAAUUUCUCCUCGUUGACCGAUUCGAAUGAUUUUCGAACCGGUCGAGUGGCCGAAUUAGCGAGACAUUUUUCACGUCUGGGAGAAGCCGGCAUCAUCAAGGCUCCUGGUGCAGAACCCAAGACUAAAUCUGUACCGAAUCUGGCCGGAUUCGGUGUCUCGUACGACGAUACGAAGCACCAUAAACCGAAUCGAUCGUCCAGUAUGGAGGAUUUGGAUCGAAAAGGGGUCAUUUUGACCGAACUGAACGACGAUUUGGAUAGCAACGGGCAAGAAGAUGGUCGGAGCCGGUCACGAGGUAAUGAACCGUCUAUCGUGAAACAGGAAUCGAUGCUGGAUAAACGUCGACAAUCGUUCGCUCGCCAGAACACGGUGUUUUGUAAAAUGAAAAGCGUCGACGAGUUAGAAUCGAAAAAUCGCCAGCCUAGGAAAUUAUACAGAUACGCGAGCUUAGCCGAUUUUCGAAUACCAGCUGGUAAAUCGGCCUGCAAAACAACCGACGAUCGUAAAAAAGUUGUCUCGUUCGAUGACCUAACCGUACGCAGAAGACAGCUACAAAAGGAGAAAAGAUCCUCGAGCGAGUCACAAGAGAAGAAGGAAUUCAACCUGGAAUCGUUUCUGGCCAAGAAUAAACCAGCCUACGAAGAGAACCUGAAAAUCAACUACGAUAAAAUGACCACAGCGAUCCGAGACUACCUAGCGAACAAAGAGCUUCUACUCAAGCGAAUGAAAAGCAACAGCAUCGAUCAAUACAACGUGAAAAGCUGCUCGUUAUCGAACUUGAAUCGAACUUGCGUCAACUUCACCACGAUCAGAGAAGCCGAAAAUACAAGGCCAGCGAUGAAAAGAGAUCUGAAAUUCGGCAUGUCCGUAGACGCGAUUUAUUUCGGAGAUAGCGCUCCUUUGCAAGAGAUGGAUAUGGCCGAAUGCGAUGAUUUCACAUUCAAAAGUAAUCUGAGAAGGGUUUACAAAGGACCUUACUUCAAAGGACGCCGAUUCCGUAGAUGUCGCAAGCUCGAUAGUCGUCGUAGUUUCUUGAUGUAUCCGGGCGAGAACCUUAAUCGGUUCAAGCUGAGCGAAGAAAUGAAAAAAGAGGUGUUUAACCGAAACAGAUGCCAGAGCCUGGAUACCGGUAUGGAAGCAGCCCCUAGAUCGCAGGAUGUCCUCCGACGGAGUCAUAAGCUGUGGGAGACGGAUGAGCGAGAGAGACCUUCCGUCUCGGAUAUCGAACGAACAAACCAACCAAGCCACUCUGCUUCCAAUGCACGCCCCACUAAUUCAUAGUUCUAAAUCUGUUCCAUCUUUAAAUAGUCCCGGUGUUAACGAAGGUCAGAUAGUUUCCCCAGUAGCGAGUAGAUCUACACACGAAGUAUACAAUACAAGUUAUAACAGCACUUCGUCCCAAAAUAAUAUAUCAAUGCAGCAUCCGGCUCUUCGAUCUAG